AUGGCCGUCACAAGAGUCCAGCAGAGUGUAUCUUCGCCCACGGUCAAGACACCCCGGCGAGAUACUUCUCUAUCCAUCCGCCUACCCGAAAUGUUCGUGUUGUUCUUGUCAGGCGAACCAACAGUAAACCGACACUAUAAGUGUGUGAAAGAGCUGUCAGAAGCAUGGAUCUCAAGAGAAUGCUACUUCGAUGAAAGAGCCCAGAGGCGACUACAAAAGACGGACUUCGCUUAUUUCUGCUCCAUAGCAGCUCCAGAUGCUGAGCCCGAGGAGUUGCGGACAGUUAUCGAUUGGGGAAACUGGGUGUUCCCUUUUGAUGACCUAUUCGAUAAUGGAAGCCUCAAGGAUGAUCCGGAACGGGCCCAAGUGCUUGUUGAGGAUUUGCGAGCAGGCAUGGCCGACGAAACUGGGCAGAGACCAGUGCUCUCAGACUACCCCAUAGUACAGGUGCACAACUCAGUAUGGCAUCGAAUCACUCAGGUACGAAUUCGUCGCAGGUUUGCACGUGCCAUGAAUGACUACUGCACUGGAUGCUUGGCCCAAGUACGCUCAUGCUCCAAGGGGGAAUUGCCCUCGCUUGAAGAGAUGCUCUCGUUGCGCAGACAGUCUGCAGGCGUUUCGCCCCUCUUCGCCUUAGUAGAAUAUGCCCACAAACUAGACAUCCCAGAACAUGUUUUUGAAUGCAAGAGCAUCCAGGAGAUAGAGAGGAUCGGUACUGACCUUGUGUUACUAGGGAUACAGAAAGAAGGUGUAAGCCAUAACUUAGUGGCCAUCUGCCGUCAUAAUGGCAUGCCAGCGCAGGUGGCAUUUAACCAUGUGGGCGAAAUGCUCAUUGAGCGCUACCGAGACUGGUACCUCGCUUUGGCGGCACUGCCAACCUGGGGGGAGCGGAUCGACGCAGACGUUCAAGAAUAUAUCCGAGGCGUGCAGAAUGUCGUUCGCGCCAAUCUUCAUUGGAGCUUCCGAUCGGGUCGAUACUUUGGGAAAGCAAACGACCAAGUCCGGAAGACCGGAAUCGUGACGGUAAGAAGCAAUAACGCUGACUUUAAGCUGUCCAUGGCGUAG